AUGAGUGCUGUGGCUCCAUUGGAGAUUAGGCAAUUUUCGGAAUUGGUGAACAAGACGAGAGUUGUAGAGGAAUGUGCCAAGAAGACAGCUUUAGCGAGAGAUACUCGUGGUGGUACCAAUAACAGAGGUCGUGGGAGUGGGGAAAAAUGUCAAGGUUAUAUACUUUUAGCUACGAAUGCGUCGGGUGAUGAGCAAAAGUUAGACCGAAUUCCUGUAGUUAAUGAGUUUUCUAAAGUAUUUCCUGAAGAUAUUCUUGAAUUCCCACCUCAAAGAGAGAUUGAAUUUAUGAUAGAAUUGAUGUCGGGAGCAGGUCCAGUCUCGAUUGCACCGUACAGGAUGGCUUCGAUAGAGCUGGCUAAACUAAAAACUCAGUUGGAAGAACUUCUGAAUAAGAGGUUCAUUCGACCGAGUGUGUCUCCGUGGGGAGCGCUAGUUUGA